GUGAGAUAUUGCGCGCAAGGUAGACAACACCCAAGACUGGGUAAGCAGGUGCAGGAAGAACCAUUUUGCGCUUUUUUUUUUCUAGACCAAGAGUUACUUUUUAUAGUAAUUGUAGUAGCCGUUGUCACCGCUGUAGUUAUAGCUGUUGCUGUAGUAGCUGAUGUAGUUGUAUCUGUAGUUGUAAAAGUAAUUGUUAUUUACUCGAUAGAAAGAGAAUCAAUGGAUGUCGUGGUUGCGAUGAUCUGUUUUCCUCUUCAUGCAAGUAUAUGUCCAAUAUUGAUAAUAUCACUGCCGCUGCAACUCUUGUUGUACUUGUUUCAAUCUGCUCCUUCAUUUUCUCGUUGUCCUGGUCCUCCUCUUCCUUUCCUCGAUCAUGUUGUUUCUAUUGAUCUCCUAUACGAUGAUUGCAGGCAAUUUCCACGUCCAGAUAAUCUACCACCUGUGAACUGUAAACAGCAUUCUUUUUUUCUGGUUUUUUAAGGUACGUACGUUUAAAAGAGAAAUGCGAGAAUG